UUUGCUUCACAUCUAAUCCAAACCCAAACACUAUUCAAAUUGGAAGCGAUAUUAUGCUAAAAAUGACUUUGAUCUUGGUAUUUCCAGUGGUGUUACUGCUGCCGUUGAUUUCCGGCUACAACUACUGCAACAACAGGACCCAUGUGUGCAACCUGUCCAAACGGAAGCACUUCAUGUGCCAACUAGAGAAGGAUCUUCCUCCAUUCGGCAACGGCACCACGUUCCACGCCCUGGUUCCGGACACCACAAAUAUGCAUCUGAAUGCGCUGGGCAUUCUGAACACCUUCCGGAACGUGUUCGCCAGCGGGGAACUCAUCACGAAGCGCAAUAAGACAUUUCCCACCGCCAGGCGGAUGCGCAGGCUCAUCUGGGACGCGGAGCUGGCCUACAUGGCCCGCAGUCAUGCCGCCACCGUGUCCUUCAAGCACUCCGAGUGCCGGUCCACCCUGCGAUUCCCGCUGGUCGGUGAGUGCCUGGCCCUGUUGCCACCUUCCGACCAGAAGCUGGGUCUCUUCGACAUGCUGACCAGUUUCUUCACAAAGAUGUUCGAUGAGUACAAGGAGGUUGAGGAUCCGGAGGCCCUCCUCCAUGCCUACGAUCCCGCCAAGGACUACCAUGUGGGACACUUCACCACCAUCAUCAGCGAUCGGGUUUCCCGGGUGGGCUGUGGCAUUGCCGUGGGCUCCAACUGCCAAGUAAACAAUAAAGUCGGCUUCUGUCACUUCCUGACCUGCCACUUCGACGGCACCAACAUGGAGUACCAGUAUGUCUACAGGGCCGGCAAGCCAGCCAGCUCCUGCCAUGACUGGAAAGCCACGUCCAGCUCUAGAUAUGCCUUUCUGUGCACAAACAACGGCGGUAUAUUUCCCUAUGAUUAGGGUUUAACAAUUAGCUCAUAUCAAUUUUGUAUUGUUAAAGUUCACUUAUUUUAACAUCAGUUUAAUCUAGUUAUUCAUAAAGUGACACUUCCACAUCCAACACUUAAUAAAUUCCUAGUAAAGAUGAUCCGGAGU